UGCAAGCUGGUGCAAGGCUGUGGCCGCGGUGUACCUCCCUGCGCGUGUUUUAGCUGGUGCAAUGUCAAACAUUGGUGGAACCGUUACGUCUCAUGGGUCGCCAAGUGCAGUGUCGUCUCGCAAGGGUCUGUUCAGUGACCUUGGCAAGGCCACUCUUCGCGGCAUCCGAAAAUGUCCUAAGUGCGGCACUUACAACGGUACGCGCGGCGUGCGCUGCAAGAACAAGGCAUGCGACGCAGUGUUUCGGGAGCGUGGCGCACGCAAGCGGGCCGCCGACGCUGUACGGCUUCACGCGCCGGGCCAGCUCUAUUCUGUGCGGCUGCAGCGGGGUGAUGCACGAACAUUCGUGCAGCUGUCGGCUGAAGGUAGGGCCCAGUGCGAGGGCUGCCAGGGUGCAUCCAGCUGCGCGCACGUGCAGGCCGCGCUGCGUUGCGUCGUCCAGGCCCAGGCGCUGCCACUGAAAGACUCUGUUGUGGAAGCCCAAGAGGAGAGCGUUCGAGAUGCCAUUUGGGAGCUGGUCGCUGCCGAGGGCCCACCGCUCGUGCAGCGUGUUUCGAAGGCUGUGUUGGUGGCUCGGAGCCACCAGGGUGGCUUCGUACAUGUUCGAGUUAGCCCCCGCCGUGAGCUGCGCUGUGGUGGCUGCGGCGGCAAGGGUUCAACGCAAGGCUGUGUCCACUCGUAUGCGUGCAUGUGUGCGCUCACGAGCGCCGACAAACUGCGUGAUGUGGCGCCCAAGCACCCUGAACCAUCUUUGAGCUUUUUGCAGUGGUUGGCAGGCGUCACGGAGCGCAUCAAUCAGACAAUGCGCUACGAUCGACCGGGCCGACCUGACCCGCUUGUUUUUCACGUGCCUCAUCAAUUUUUUGACUGCUUACAGCAGCGAAUAUGUGGGCGCCGGCAGCCUGCGCGGAAGGACGGAGUCAAGUGCACGUGGAGUAUCACCAAUCUCAUGCAUGUGCGUCACAUUUUCGAGACGCCUGUCGUGCCGCUAGAGGAGAGCAGAACCUUCGUAGAGAAUCGCGAUGGGACUUUUGAGCCUUACGAACCGCCUUGUUUGUCUCAAGAACCGCCGUCUGAAGGCGUUCCAGUCAUCAGACCUCUGGAACUCAAAACAUUCCUGAAGGUGGGGAACCCACCCCAGUCGGUGCCGUUCGUUAUUGAGUGGACUCCUGACGUGCUUCCUCGCAGUCGAGUUGGCGAAUUGCUUCUUAAGUUUGAAUAUGGUCAUUUAAGAAAUGGACUCAUUGACGUAAGGUCAUAGGAGUCACUGUUUCUACACGCUGAUGCCCUUUGGGGUGCAGCAAACGGGGUUGACAUUUUUCCUCGUUAAUUAAGCACAGAGUUGCAUUGGUUGUCAUGCUGCAAUGUUCAUCACAUCUGAUUACAAAAUCGAAGUGUAUGUUACUCAAAAUAAACUACCGCUUAAUCAUUCGGUGGUUUAUGUGCUGUAAAUGUACGCAUAAUAAACUCAUGUGUCCAUG